CUGAGCCGAGGGCAGAGGCUUAACCCACUGAGCCACCCAGGUGCCCCUGAAUCUGUUUUUUUUUUUACCAGCAGAACUUUUGCCUGUCUGCAGAGCCCAUCACUGUCUCCAGUGGCCAUUCCUGGCUGCAGAGCUCCCUGUCUUCAUAGCCUGUUUCUAACUCCCUGCUUGUAGAGGUCCCCAUGUUCAAAACCCAUUUCUGCCCACAGAGCUGGGCCCUGUUUCAAGACCACAACCACAGAUAGCAAAUCAGGUCCCUGCUUGCAAAGCCUCUGUGCCAAUGUCUGCAGUACCUGUCCUUUCUUGCUGGCCUUUGGGUAUGUAUAGAGCCCUCCUAGUGAAAGGCAUGUUCUGUGAUGACAGUGCUUUGGAAAGCUGCAGGCGGGGAGUGUUCUUGCUUGGAGCCCAGAGCACAGGUGGUCGGGGCCUGAGAACUCCAGCCCUUGUUGUUUCCUCCCUCAUUCAGUCCUGGCCCGGGAUGGACAUCGGCAAGGACCUCCCAGCCAUUGAGAGUCACAGGGACCUCCACGUAUGGAUCAUCGAGGUGAGGGGCACAACCGGACAACAGAGCUGGUGACAAAGCCUAUGCAGUCUCUGAGACUAGGCUUCUCCCUCCCCCCAUCUCAGAGCUCCCUCCUUCCUCCAACCCCAGAAGGUCAUGGGUAGGCAGGUGGUCCUGCGGAGUUUUCCAUGGGCACCUUCCUCUCCCAGAACCUGAGGAUGGUGCCAGUUCCUGAGAGGGCUUCUGGGAACUUCCUCGAGGAACACUGCUACAUCGUCUUCCACUUGAGCAUGCAGGGAGUCUGUCUGAGAGGUGGCUUGGCCCAGCUGGGGAAUGUGAUGAUGCAGACCAAGCCCCACUCGGGAAGAGGCAGGCUGGCAGCCCAGGAAUCAACCCCAGGAGAGGGCUACCACCUCUGAGGCCUCUUCAUCCUUCCUUCCCCCAUUCUGGACCUCCUGUGGAGGGAGGCGCCUGCCCAGUCCCUCCAAGGCCCUUGGCGCACCCUGGAUCUGUGUCCACCCCAUCCCUGGAUCCUUCGCGAGCCCCGACCCCCCACCCCCUCCUGGGCCCUAGGCUCCCCAGAGCCUGAAGGCCCCGCAGGGAGUGCCCAGCGACCUGCACUGUUGGGUCAGGAAGGAGGGCAGAGAGGCAGAGGGCGCGGCAGUCGCUUUCGAGCAACACCUGCAGGGGGCGCCGGGGGCCGGCACCGUGCAGCACCGGGAGGCGCCGCGCCAAGAGGCCCACACCUUCCGCAGCUACUUCAGCCAAGCACCCUGUGAGUGCUAGAAGGCCGGCUGGGAGGCCUAGGGUGACUCUUUUCACCCUCGCGUGGGGGUGUUGGGCUGGGGGGAGACGUCUCUCCUGAGUUACAAGUCUCAUACCUGACAACGACCGAUUUAGAGCAUAAAUUCAGUGACUUCUAGUCUGUCACUGACUUGUGCACCAUCACCUCCGUGACCCCAAAAGAAGCCACAUACCCUUCGCCAACACUCCCCCUUUACCCCCAAGAUUUUCUUCCCUCCGUCUAUAUAGAUUUGCCUAUUCGGCGCAUUUUUAUAAAUAGAAUUCUACAGCGCAUGAUGGGGGAUAGAACACAUCUAUGCAUUUAUCCCUCACGGGAUAUUUGAAUUGCUUCCACUUUGGGGCUGCUGCGGAUAAUGUUGCUAUGAACAUUUUUAUCCACGUUUUGCGGUGGUUUUUUUUUUUUUUUCCCCCGAUUUUGUUGGGAUAAUUGACAUACAUCAUGGUAGAGUUUGAGGAGCACAGCAUGAGGGUUUGACUUACAAGCCCUGAGACCUGAUCACCACACUAAGUUUAGUUAACAUCCUCUUGUCUACAAGCUUUUAUUCGGCAGUGUUUUUCCCUUCUCUUGGGUAUAUACCCAGAAGUGGAGGUCAAUGUCGUUUGGAGUUUGCCUUUGUGAUAUCCAGAGAGGAUAUCUUCCCCAGAGAGAGCAGUUAGGCUCCGUGUUCCCACAGGAUGCCCAGGCACUGUUUCCUGCCAUUGUCAAGGUGGGCAUUGGUAUGCCCACUUUACAGAUGGGAAAAACUGACACUCAGAAGGGUCUCACCGCCCACACCGGGCUUGCCUGGGAUUUGAUGCAGGUCUGCCCGGCUCCAAAGCCCAUGCUCAAUACUCACUAGGAACAGGAAAUCACGCUAUUAAGUGUAAGGAAGUAUUUUCCUUUCAGCGUUUGAAUGGGCUUUGUCUUUUUAAGUGACACUUGAGAAAAGAGAAUUUUCCCAAGAGCCCCGAGGCCUUGCAUCCACCCAGCUUCUGCAGCCCUGGCCUGGGCAGCAAGCAGCUGGGCCAAGACCUGCCUGCCCCUAACGCACCUGUGGCUGGAGGGGAGCAGGGUGUCUGGGCGGCCUCUGGAGUCCUCCCCACUUGCUUGUCCCAUGCACCACAGGCCAAUUCUGUCCUGUUUGACAGCAGGCCAGGACAUGUGUGGCAGGGCCCAGGGGCCCAUGGGGAGAAGGGUCACCAGCAGAGCCUUGCGCCAGCCCAGGAGAGCCCUUGCCUGCACUGAGAAGGGCUGCCCUGAGGCUGAGGAGAGCUCGUUGGCUGGGCAUAGGCUGGGCAGGCUGGUUCAAGGGGAGGAGCCACCUGGGCCCACCAGUCUUCUGUUCCACAGGUGUGGUGCAUCCAGGACUUAGGCAGACAGCCCGUGGACCCCAAGCACCAUGGACAGCUGUAUGUGGACAUAUGCGACCUGGUCCUCUACACCUACCGGAAGAGGGGCCAUGUCUGGUACAUCCUGUACCUGUGGCAGGUGUGUGGCCUGGGGGUUGGAGGGGGCACCUUCAAGCCCCAGAGCUGAGGAUCUGAGAAUGGGAUUGAAGAGCUGCCCCAGGCCCUUACCACCGCCACCUGCAGACCACCAGACCACCACACGUGAGGUCCCAGUGGUGCCCUCCAUACUGUUCUACCCUGAUUCUUGCCCCCAGAACAACCAGUUCUAUGAGGAGGUGGUGGACGGCAGCCUAGGAGCAAAACCUGCCACAGCUGAGAUAACAGCAUUCUACCUCUCUGAAUCUGACUUCCAAGAUAUCUUUGGGAAAUCCAAGGAAGAAAGCUAUAGCAUGGCCAAGUGGAGGCAGCACCAGGAGAAAAAAGCGGCUUGGCUUUUUCUGACCCCAGGAACCUGCCCCUGCCUGGGCCACCCACAUGGACAGGACCCCCACAGGUUACCUUACCAACACAUACCUGAGCCCCCAGGGAGACCCCGCUGGCAUGGUCUAGCUGGACGUUCCCAGGUCACCCCCUCCCCACCAUCAAUAAAAGCUGGUGGCGCUCACAAGGUGUGGUGUGUGGGCUUUCAAGUCUGGAUCACUCAGCUGGUCCAUCUCUGGGGGAAGGGGCCUCUGGGACUGGAGGGGGUGGUCUGUGAUAUUCCAGGGACCGAGCUCUCACCACUGUCUUCCAUGGAAGGGUUUGUUUCUUGUUGGUCCUUCCUGCCCAAGGGGACAGACAACCCUCAUACUCAGUGUAAGUGUGGGGGACAUAGAAAGAGAGGUGCUGGGGUUCUAGUUCCCCACACACACAGAAGCAGCAGCACAGACGGGAUGCUAGAGCUGAAGGCAGGGCGGGGCCUCUAG